UACGCGGACGACGGCGAGACAGUGACCGUACGGCUCGGCGGCGGCGAGACGUUCGACCACGACCUGCUCGUGGGCGCCGACGGCAUCUGGUCCGCCGUGCGCGCCCAGAUGUACGACGAGGGCCCCGUGCGCGGCGCGUCGCCCGACGGCCUCUCGAAGCAGGGCUGCGCGUACUCGGGGUAUACGGUCUUCGCGGGAGAAGCCGUGCUGCCGCUCGCGGACUACUACGACGUGGGCUACAACGUCUACAUCGGCCCCCAGCGCUACUUCGUCAAGAGCGACGUCGGC